AUGUCCUACUACCAGCAGUACAGCACAAAUAAUGCACAGGGCUCGGCGUUCCUGGGCUCCAAUAAUCAAAACCUUCACAACGCCAACUCUAGCAUGAACACGGGAUAUGGGUAUGGGAUGGCAACAGCUGGCCAAGGCUUUGCAAUGCCAUCCGGAUCAAUGGCAAGUGUGAACACUAAGGCUGCAGACUAUGACGCACCACUUCCAGAGGGCAUAUUGGCAGCGUUCUCCACAUCCGGAUAUCCUGGGGAAGCACCCUUGUUUGAAGAGCUUGGCGUCAACUUCAGCCACAUCAAGGCCAAGACGAUGGCGGUGUUGGGAAUGAGAAGUACUUCACUAAGUGAGGACGUCAUACAAGAUAGUGAUAUGGCUGGACCAAUUCUCUUCUGCCUAUUAUUUGGAACGUUAUUGCUUUUAAGCGGGAAAACGCAUUUCGGAUAUAUCUACGGCGUGGCGUUGUUUGGCACAGUCAGCUUGCACUGGUUGUUCAAGCUCAUGAGCUCCGCCUUGGAUGGAGGGUUGGACUUCCUCAGGACGGCCAGUGUCAUCGGAUACUGUCUUUUACCGUUGGUUCUGUUGAGUGCGCUGGCGAUCUUGGUGCAGUUGAACAACGUGAUCGGGUACUCGUUGGCUGUGGUGUGUGUCAGUUGGUGUACGUGGGCAGCGAGUGGGUUCUUUGUGCGGGUCUUAAACCUCUCCAAUGCUAGACCUUUAGUUGCCUAUCCUUUGGGAAUGUUCUACUCUGUAUUUGCUUUGAUGACCAUUUUUGCAGAAAAGAAGCCAUGA